UCGGAAAGGUUGUCACCCCCCCGCUUCGACAGUGUUGUCCACAACAAAAAAAAGGAAGGGUGAAAGAAAAUUGAACGGGCAACACAAAAUACCAGCCCAAGCAUAUUACCUCCAAACUUGUCGUGCGUGUCACUCGUGUGUUCGCUUGUCCAAAGUUAAGCUCCGUGGUAGUGAAAUCGUCAUAUGUUCAGAAACGCGUCAAGUUAAGAGCAGAACUGCGGUGGCACUAACAUAACGGAGCAAGCAGAAGAGGAAAGUCAAACAAAGCAAUUUGCGAUCGCAUUGCUGCCCUUGCCAGCAACAAACCAGCAAGUACUUCGGAUGCAGAGUUCUUCCCUCGUUUCAAGAGAGCGUCUCGUUUCGAGUGAUAUUUCAGCGAAUGGAAGGCUUGGAUCGCACGGGUACGGUUGGCAAAGUAGGCGGUGCGGGGAGUUGCGUUGACAUUUAGCACAGUAAACAACGGUGAGAGGUUGUGGAGCGACCCCACGCAAGGGAGUGUAAUAAAAACAAGAAGUAAAAUAUUUACUUCGCUCACCUACCAGUGCGACAACCGAUUUGCUCGUGCGAAACGAUUAGUGCAUUUUUGGAGUAUUUCCUCCAGUAAAGCCAUCCCGGUUGCCGAGCCAUCUAAUUCGGGUUAGUUGGCGUGGCAGUGAAAUGGUGUACAAAUGUGAAAAAUAUUGCACGCUGUGGUCAGUGUAAGUGCGUUCACCAGUGGGCAGCAGCAUAUUAGGUGGGGAGGUGGAAAAGGGUCCCCAGCUCGCGUCACCUGCGUUUUGCAAUCGCAAUUGAAGGGCAACGAGCUGCUCAGCUCAGCUGCCCUGCGACCAGCCGUGUGUCCUGCAGCCGUGGCUAGAAGUAUCAGCAGCAGCAGCAGCAGUGGAGCAAUGAAAUGUGAUAUCGUGCAGCACGAGUGGAUGAAUCGUGUCGUGCAUCAUCUUUGCUUUUUCUGCUGUGAUAAACGGUGAUCGUACGUGUGCGAUAAGCGGGCAGAGUGUAGCAGAUCGGGCAGUCCCGAGAUGGAACUGAGCCCUGGAAGUAGCAGCUCCACCGUACCUCCGCCGGGAGGCGGUGUUGCUGUUGCAGGAGGUGGAAUAAGUGUGGCGGGUGGUGGUGGCAGUGGGGCUGUUGGGGGUGGCAGUGUGGUAACGCGGCCCCCCAUUACGGCACUGUUUCGCGAAAUCCACAAAAACAGCUGGCUGCGGCGAUUGAACAACGAUAGCAGGCGACCAUCGGUGCUGGCCAAGAAACCAGAUAGGUACUGGGUGGUGUUUUGCGUGCACGAUGACUGUGAGGCAUUCCUGGAGGGUUACAGCGACCCACGCCAAGCACCGUCGCACGGACCGGAGUGGGCACUAUCGCUGCAAACCGUCCAGCACGUCUCGCACGCCCUAGUCUCCGUGGAGCAGGAGUUUGAAUUUGUGAUAACACUGGGCAGCGAGGUGGCCCGCUUCAAUGCCAACACCUGGGAAUGCAUGCAGGAAUGGGUAGAAUGUCUGCGCUCGAAGCUGCGCGAGAUGAAGCUAUUGUCGCCGAAGGAAAAUCUCUACUCCCGGCUGCCCGAGGUGCGCCCUCCGUUGGCCCCGACGCGCGAUCCGACCUCUCCACUGCCGGCGACCCCUCCCGUGCCGGCAGCAAUCGUACCAGGCAUCGAGCGUGUUCAGCCACCAUCCCUGGUACAGCAGCAACACCACGGACAUCAUGCGAGCGUCGGGGCGAGCGCAAGCGGACAAUCUUCAUCGCUGUCCACCGCCGGAGCGUCUGGCUCUGCCGGUGCAAGCAGUUCGAUGGUCUCGAACACUGGCACCACAAGCUCCGUUUCGUCAUCAGUAUCAUCUUCUUCAUCCUCGUCAUCAUCCUCGUCCUCAUCCUCCACCUCCUCAUCAUCUUCAUCCGGGACCAGCUACUCGUCCACGCUCACAUCCAUAUCAAACUGCCCGGUGACCGGUGAGCGGGGAAGUGCAGCUGGGCCACCGGCCAUGUCCAACACGUCUACCCAGAAUCUCAUGAACCUGCUGUCGAAUCCGCUGCAAGCAGUGAGCAGUAUUAACGCGCAGUCUAGUAAGAUUCAGCCGGCCAGUGUAACCGAUAGUGUGUCGCUCGGAUCAACGUCCUCGCUGGUCUCGGAAGAAGAACCACAACCGCUAGAGGAGCCCCAAAGCUGCACCGCAUCCACAUCACCUUCCCGAGACUCUACACCGGGCUCGAGCUUGCCCAAACCGCAAAAAAUAAUCAACAGAGACAACACUACCACCGGCCAUCAUAAUCAUCAUCCGCUGGUGACCCUCGCAGCUGGUACAUCAACCACAACCUCCUCGCUAGCGACCACGUUCGUCACCAACGUGCUGGCGGACCCGUCCGGAACGGCCGGACCAUCGUUGAAGCGCGCCAUUAACGAUAAGAAGCUGCUGCUGGAUGUACGGCAGUCUCCGGAACGAUCCACCACUGCGAGCUGUGAUGUUGACGAGGCAUUCGACGCGACAGGCAAUGGCAUAAGCAAUGGCGACCACACCAACGAUGCGCUCACCAACGGUGAACCGUGGUCGCCAAAGCAGACGUUGCUGAAUGGAUCCUCCAGCAGUCAUUGUCGCAGCAGCAAUGGUACUGUAACGACAAAUGGUACCGAAUCGACGGCAACUUCAGCAACGACAUCACCACCAUCAUCUAUGCUAACGAAGUCGACCGCCAUCUGUAUCGUGCCACCGGCGUCCAGUGGAGCAAGUAAACUGGCCCACUGGUGCGGUGGAAUCGAAACGAACUCGACGAAAAGUAUCACCAUUGGCAAAUGCAAUCCCGCUCUCCCGAAAUCCACGAAAGAAGAGCAGGUAGCAAACAUCACCAUCAUACAGGUGUCCAACAGCGGUAUGGUCACGACCCCAUCGCCAACCAUCACAACGGCAUCCUCCCCGAAACACGGUGCGUCCCGGUUUAAUUUCUCAAAAGCUAAACCGUCGACGAUGGCCACGGCAACAGUUCCGACGAAUACGACCACCGUCUCCACCAUCAUAACGGAUGAUUUAGGCGACGGUCGUAACUAUAUGAGCAAUGUGCAAAUAAUUCCGUCCAGCGGCGAGUACCCGCGGAAUGCCGAUCAACCAAUGCAACCGUCUAUCAUUGCAUCGAUAAACGAGCAGCAGAUCACAACGGUCACCGUUCCGAACGUGCAGUCCGCAUUGUCGAUCGCUUCAACAGUGACGUCAACGCCGCGCAUACAACCAACCGCACCGGCAACUGUACAGGUCGCCGUUGCAACCUCGUCCACGCCUAUCAAGGGUCCGGAAAGUAAUUUCGGCACCGUGACACAGAUUGCCGUAAAUUCGUCGUCCACUGCGGGCGCGGUGGCAGGUAGCAGCCAACCAAUCCACUUCCAGCCGUCAUCCCACCCAUCAUCAAGCCAACAUUACGAGCAAGUUUUUCUGACCAGCUCCGUGCAGGUAACAUCUGGAAACGGCCAAACAGAGUCAAACAUAGAAGAGCCAGUGAUAGUAUCCCCUGCCCCAAUUGUAGCGAAAUCAAGCGCUAACAAGAGCAGUAAAGUGCUGCUGCUCAGCAGACAGCCACGCUCGUCUAGUCAUUCGGAUAUUCCGCUUCCGGCGAGGCUGGGGAGCAAGGGUGGCAGCAGAAAAACAGAGCCACCUGGCAGUAAUGAUAAGGAAAAUCGUGUUCAACACGACAGCAUCAUUGGGAGUCAAGGUGUCGGCAGUGGUACGGCCUCAACAUCCAAACCGCCGGGGUCAGCUGCAGCAACUGCUCCCGCCGUUCCCACACAUCUCACCGGUGGCAGUCCUUCAAAGCGGCCAGCUGUCGAUAGGAAUAUCUACACACCGCACCCUCAACGCACAGCACCGCUACUUCAACGAGGGCUUACGGAGCUGGUUCUAAGUACGCGGACGGUCGCGUCACCGGUACCUCAUGCGAUCGACCAGUCCGCGCUUGCAGCGCGUGGUCGCAGAGCUCCGGUAGAGAGUAAGGUCCGUGUCGAUCAGCUGGCCCCGGAACAGCGACGCCGUAGCUCAUCGACAUCCGACGCACGGCAGGAUGCUUCAUCGGGACCACGUGUAAACGGCUCCGCAGGGGCAGCUCCGGGUGCCGCUCUACCCGGCAUGGGUCCCGGAAGGUUACAGUCGCCGCCGCAACCAUUCCGUCCGCAUCAUCAGCUAAUAAACGUGCCCGAGGGUAGUCAGUUGAUCGGAGCGAACGGGCUAGUAGCCCAUGGAACACCGUCAUCCGCUGCAGGAAACCGGAAGCUGACACUGCGGGAGCAGCAAGUAUUCCAGCUGCGCCGCGAAAUGAUGCAUCCAGGCGGCGUACGCUUGCAGUUACGGCGCAAGGACUGCAUCAAUUCCAUCGGGCUCGUUGAUGCGUUCGGUGCCGUGUGGGUGGCGGGAUGGAAACAAAAGGAACAUCCGGUGCUGUACAAUGCGCUUCACAUUGGCGAUCAGAUGAUCAGCGUGGCCGGUGUUGCGAUCGCGUCCGCAGCCGAAGCACACAAAGCUAUCCGGGCGGCACCGGGUUUGUUUGUUGAACUUAUCAUUCGCCGUGUUCCAUUCGGCCGUGUGUACGCCAUACGACGAGAGAUCGAUGGACAGUGUUUGGGUCUGAUACGGGACGGUAACACAGCCACCAUCGUGGACGUUGUUCCGAACAGUUUGGCCGCUCGGCAUGGAUUGCCCCCGAAGGCAAAAUCGUGUGACGGAUUAUCGCUAACAUUUUGGGUGUUGACCGAAAUCAACGGCCGGCCGUUGAAUUUGUUCUUUAAAGAGAACGAAAUACGUGAUCGUUUGAACGCGGUUGGACGGGAUAUAUCAAUACUGGUACAACCAGCGGAUUUGGUAACCAAGCUGAAAAAGCAGCUCAAAUCUCUACGUGGCCACAAGGAUUUUAUUGUGCAAUAGGCAGCUCUUAUCGACCAACAACGUGUCUUUGUAGUUUGAGGAACGCUACAGAAAUGAAGCAGGGUAGUACCAUCACCCAUCUCUGUUUUAUUUUAGAAAAUAUACGCCAAGUUAGUCGGACCUAUUCAACCGGGGGAGUGUAGGCAAAACGUGCGACAGUGUAUACAAAGCGCAAUUGUCGAAUAGAAAUAGAAUAUAAACACACACUAUAACGAGACAGUUUGCAAUACUAACCAGUGACAUAACGUAAUGUGGUCCUGAUGGGACGAAUACUAAAUCCAAUUCCAAUACUAUUACACCACAUACCUAGUACACUACUCUAUACAACGUACUACUUACUAUCAUCGCGAUCGAAAUUAGUGCAGCAAAUUAUUGUAGUAGUUUUGUUUUUGUAGGCACAAACACUUGGCACAAACAAACAAGCGAGUGUGCAGCAUAUGUAAGCGAGUCAUAUUGAAAUAACAAAACCGAUAUGUGAUGUAUCUUCGCAAUGGCAGCGUAAUGCGCGCGUGUGUGAGAAUGCGUGGCGUGUGUUUUUAAAAAAAGGGCAAACGGGAAAUGAGCACAACAAUUUCCUACGCAGUAAACGAUUAGUGCAAAUUUUGUGAGCUAGAACUUAAACGACAUUUACGAUAAUGCGCCUAUAGUAGAUACUGGACAAUGUAGAAAUUUGGAGUAAACAAAAAAAAUUACCUUCCAUCUGGUUCCGUAUUCAAAUGAGCCGUUGCUCUACGUAAAAGCAUAGUUAUAUGAGGAGUUAUCGUUUGAAACUGUUUAAACUGAACUGUGUGGCAGGUGGCGUGCAAUGUAGAGCAAUUUGUAAUUUGUUUUGGUUUUAUGAUUCGGCAAUUUGUUGAAUAAUUAGUAAAAAAAAUGUUCUAGGUUUUAUACAUUUUAUUGUUCCUUAUCAAAUCAGUACGAUUGAUGCUCUUUUGAAGGGGAUACCAUUGAGGAAGGUAAUGCAAAAAGCACAAAACAAAACUCACUCAACCGUAACAAAAAGUAAACAAAAAGGCUGUAAUACUAGCACAAAGCUCUGUGUGAACCUACUGAUUACGUAUAUCUACUAUGAGUGUGUAUGUGCGUGCGUGUGCGUGUGUGUGUGCGUGUGAGUGUAUGUAUGUUUGUGUGCAGCUCCAUAUUAACAUGUAACGCGGAACUGAGCGACGGUAAGCCGCGAGGCGAGUUGUGUAUAUUUGGCAGUCUCGAAACUCUUCAAGCACACAUACCACACUGUUCUUAAAAGGCUGAUUGUAACAAACAAAGGAUUUAAAAGGUAUGCUUGUACGGGUUUUGCGGGUGGUAGUUUUGAUACAAAUUUGAAAGAAGCGGAAACACUUAUACAGGCCCUUCUUUCAGUGAACAAAAACUAAACAGAGCAGAAAGUAAGGUAAAGGCGUUUUUCCAUUCUUAUACGAAUCCAUUCGCUCAGUAGACACACAUUCUUUAGAAAUUUUUAGGACAAAGCUAUACAAAACAAAGUGAUUCUCUUGACAUAAGAUUUUAGUUCUGAGUGCUCAUAGUCGUCUCGUAGUGUGGUAAAAAUUAGUGCCCGCCCCGGGUUUGUCAAAGCGGCGCAUUUUUCGUAACACCUCAUGGCAAAUAAAUGACCCACGAGUCCGUAGGUUUAUGUUCUUUCUUUUUUAA